AUGGACAGAUGGCAAGAGUUGGGCGAACGUGUCUAUGUGCAAGAGGGUCCAUUCAAGGAGGGUUCAAUGGAUGAAACGUUUGUACCGUCGUUGUUUGAUUCAGUUCUUUGUGCUGCGUAUGAGGAUGCAACAACGACUGAGCCACCAUACACUGACCCAACAUUACUAACAACGACUGAGCCACCAUACACUGACCCAACAUUACUAACAACGACUGAGCCACCAUACACUGACCCAACAUUACUAACAACGACUGAGCCACCAUACACUGACCCAACAUUACCAACAACGACUGAGCCACCAUACACUGACCCAACAUUACCAACAACGACUGAGCCACCAUACACUGACCCAACAUUACCAACAACGACUGAGCCACCAUACACUGACCCAACAUUACCAACAACGACUGAGCCACCAUACACUGACCCAACAUUACCAACAACGAUUGAGCCACCAUUCACUGACCCAACAUUACCAACAACGACUGAGCCACCAUACACUGACCCAACAUUACCAACAACGACUGAGCCACCAUACACUGACCCAACAUUACCAACAACGACUGAGCCACCAUACACUGACCCAACAUUACCAACAACGACUGAGCCACCAUUCACUGACCCAACAUUACCAACAACGACUGAGCCACCAUACACUGACCCAACAUUACCAACAACGACUGAGCCACCAUACACUGACCCAACAUUACCAACAACGACUGAGCCACCAUACACUGACCCAACAUUACCAACAACGACUGCGCCACCAUUCACUGACCCAACAAGGCCAACAACGAUUGAGCCACCAUACACCAACAUUACCAACAACGACUGA